GACCCAUCUCUCACAACCUCAACCUUACUGUGCCUACCGUAUGUAACUCUUUAAUCGACGACACUUCACCCGCUUACCAACGUAAGGAACGAGGACAGCAGAGAUCUGGUCAUCACCACCACCAUCACCCGAGCUAGAGCCGCUUUACACUUUUCCGCCCCACAACCCCAACACGCAACAACGACGGUAUCCUCAAACAGCCCCCAAAGCGCAAAGGUACUCUUUAAAUCCCACUGCCCGUGAUCCCUCAACCUCCAUCCUGCCCGCCUGCAUCCUCUACCUCCUACCGGCGCACCACCAAACGAGUUUUCGAGACAACUGACGCCCCUCAGAUAUACACAAUGUCCGCCCGCAAACUCCAGCAGGAGGUCGAAAAGGUCUUCAAACGUGUAUCGGAAGGUAUCCAGUCAUUCGAGCAGAUCUACGAAAAGCUCCAACACUGCAACAACGCAUCGCAGAAGGAGAAGCUGGAAGACUCGCUAAAACGCGAGAUCAAGAAGCUUCAACGACAUAGAGACCAAAUCAAGACAUGGGCGGCAAACUCGGAGAUAAAGGAUAAAAAACCUUUGUUGGACGAGAGGAAAAAAAUAGAGACGGUAAGGGUUUCCCGACUUUUUGGGGUCCACUCUUUCAUGCCCUUCUGUUGCAUAUACCCUCUCCCCGCUUUCCUUCGCUUUUGGUCUCGUAGGUAGGCGCAAAAUAUGGUCUGGGCAAAGGGAGAGCAAUGUUCUUUGUUGCACAUCUCGCGUCGUGGGGGAGGGAGGAGGGGGUCAGUUUGCUGCUGCAUUUGAUGGUUCUACUUUUCUGGUGGCGAUUACGGCGGCAAUGUGCGUCCUCUUGUACCUUGCGAUAUAUUGAUAUAUUUGUAGCGAUGGAGAUUGAGACCGAUUUCUUUUUGUUUACUCCGAAAGGAAAAAAAAACACGCAUAUUAUCCCCCUCUUUCAUAUCUUGCAUGUCAUGGAGUUUAUAGUCCGAAGCUGAUGUGUCUCUUUCCCUGUUAUUCGGGGAUAUGUUCGUAUUGCUCUAGCAAAUGGAAAAAUUCAAAGCGGUGGAGAAGGAAAUGAAGACCAAGGCUUAUUCAAAAGAGGGCCUCAUGGCAUCCACCCGUCUGGACCCUAUGGCCCAAAAGAAGCAUGAUUUGGUGACCUUCCUAUCAGAUUGCACGUCCGACCUGGAUCGUCACAUCGAGGCCUGCGAAGCUGAGGCGGAAUCGCUGAGUGCUACUCUGAAGAAGGGAAAGAAGGAUUCGUCGAAAGCGGAUCGAGUUGCUGAAGUUGAGAAGCAAGUGGAGAGGCAUAAAUGGCAUCAGGCAAAGCUGGAACUGAUCAUGCGGCUUUUAGAGAAUGGGCAGUUAGAGGUCGAAUCCGUAGAGAGGGUCAAGGAUGACAUAAGGUUCUAUAUCGAUUCUUGGCAGGAUCCUGACCAUCAGGAAUACGACAGUGAAAACAUAUAUGAUGAACUUGACCUUGACGAGGAGAAUGCUGAAGAUUUAUACGGUAUAGGGGCGGAUGCGGAUAGGAUGUCAAGCCAGGAAACCCAGAGUAUACAGGAUGAUAUAUCUGAACGUCCGGGCUCAACGAAGGACUCUGUCACUGGAGGCCGUAGGCCGAGUACCCAACUCAAAUCCCCCAUGCCAGCUCUGGCAACAUUACAUCAGCCAGCUAGUUCCGCGGCUUCUCCGUAUAUCAACAAUGGCCUACCCCCUUCAAAUGGCUCCAUGAAACCGGCUCCCAUACCAACGCGGCCACCUGGUGAAGCUCUGAAGUACGCGUCAGUAGCGACUGCUGCGGCGGCUGCCGACCGAAAUGUCGGAAUUGCUCCUCUGCCCCCUCCACCUGGUAUGGCAGCCCAAGCGUCAGCUGCCAGUUCAGGUUUGGGGAUGUCACCCUUACCACCCCCGAACGCUCCAAAACAGCAUUCACAACGACAAGGCAGUGGUACAGGGAGUUUACCUGCGCCGGUGCUCACAACUUCGCCAGAUAGGUCUCAGGCCUCUGUACCCCACACACCUUCCAUAGAGGCGACAGUUGCGGCUGCGCCGUCUCCUAAACCUUCGAAUGCUUCAACCGUCCCUCCCAUAUCCCCCAGGAACCAACAAGAACCGGUUAGGCAUGAGGAGCCUGCCCAGACCAAAAAUUUGAGGAAUGUGCCGGCGAGCGAGCCAGAGUCUUCGAGGUCGAUACCGGAGCCUUCUCCAUCACCAGUGCCGGAAUCACAAACUAAUGGAACGAACGGUAGCUCCAUGCCUUCAGUCGCGUCCCCAUGUCCGGAACCUAGUCCCCCACCAGCCGAGGAAUCUGUGUACUAUCUCCCACCUGGCCUUCAGGACCUAAUGUCAUCCUUCGAGAAUACCAAGAAACGCUUGCUCCCCCAACCCGGAAGCCUCCACCGCUCACUCGAGAUCUCAAUGGUCAGCGCGCCAGACACGAUUGACGCCGAGAAGCCUCGCCAUUAUAAACCGACUACAAAAUACAACACCCCUGCUCAUUACCCUCAAGAACCGCUCCCCGUCUUCGACGACCCGAGUCUGUAUAAGCGCAUAGAUGUGGACACGCUCUUCUACGUAUUCUACUACCGUCAAGGCACCUACCAGCAGUACCUUGCUGCUAAAGAACUCAAGCGCCAGAGCUGGAGGUUCCACAAACAGUACCAGACUUGGUUCCAACGCCAUGAGGAGCCGAAAACUAUAACUGAAGAAUUCGAGCAGGGAACGUAUCGGUUCUUCGAUUAUGAGUCUACGUGGUCGGUAUCCCUUUAAUUCUUUUUAUUUUUUUAUUUUUCGUUCUCCGAUCUGUACUUUCCUCUCCUUCUCCUCUCCCCCUAUUAUUUUUUUUACCUCUAUUUGAUGAAAUCGCUGAGCUAAAGUUUGUUGGCGCUUGUCUGUUUGUCGCUUGUCUAUUAUAGGAUGAAUCGCCGUAAAACGGACUUCAAGUUUGCGUACAAAUACUUGGAAGACGAUCUUUAGGCUAUCUAUCUGUUUGUCUGUAAGGUCGGUCGUUCGCGCAUGGGAGGGAGUUCUUUCUUUCUUUCUUUUCUCUUGCCGCGCUUCAUUCCUGUCUUCUGUUCCUCUCGUCAUAUGUUUUCUCCUAUAAUUUUGGCCUUUUUGGCCUUACCACUCUACCUUUAUCCUGUUUAGUUCUAGUGGCUCGUGGCUGGAAAUGGUAGAAUGAUGGGAAAAAUGGGCAAAGGGAAUAUGGAUAUGGAUGUGAGGUCGGCGAUGCCGUAGGCGUAGUAGCAUUACGGUAGUAACAGUAGUGGUGAGCAGUAUUGUCUGUCUGAUGGUUUGGUGGUAUUAUAUGAUACUUUUGAAACCCCUUUUGCUCUCUACCAUGUUAUCCGUGUUGGCUAUGUCUUGUGCGAUCACUGUUUGGGUUGCGGUUUGGUUUAACUUGCUCGGGGGUGCAAACCGGUUCUGAAAUGGCAUUGAAUCAACUUUUAUCAAAAAAGGUUUCCCCCGCGAUUGAGCUUUCUGGGGAGUUUGACAGUUAUGGGGCGAAUUUGGGAGAUGGGGGGGAUUCCCUUGUGAGGAAGCGUAGGUAUGAAGCAUUGCUUGGGCUGACAAACUUGUUGAAAUAUCCUUUCUUUCUAAAAUGGAAUACCAUGUCUUAUAUUUUGCUCGAUGUUUGGUAUCUCUAUCACACGUGGAAUACGUGAAUCGCUGGCGUUAUACCCUGCUACGUGACGUUGC